AUGAGAAUAAUAAAAGUGAAUUUCUUGUUGGUAAUUUUAAUAUAUAGUUUAACAAUUAGUGAUGUGAACUCUUUCAAAAUUUUGGCAGUGAAUCCGUAUCAAGGAAAAAGUCAUUAUUCCGUGUUUCAAUCAUUGCUGCUAGAACUAGCGAAAAGAGGGCACGAUGUCACCUCUAUUUCGUAUUUCCCUCUGAAACAAAAAGUCAAAAACUUUACCGACAUCUCCCUAGCCGGUUCUGUAAAAAAUUACGAGGAUGUCUUCCCUAUUGCCUUUGAAAGAUCGUACAAAACCGUAAUAAGUAUCGGUAUGUUUUUGGCUACCAGUGGUACUGAUAAUUGCAGAGAAUUGUUGCAUAAUGAAGAAGUACAGAAUUUAUGGAAAUCGAAAGCAAAGUUUGAUGUAAUAUUAGUUGAGCAGUUCCAAAGUGACUGUUCCCUGGGAUUGGCAUAUGUGUUGGGAGCGCCUGUGAUUGGUCUAACUUCGCACACUCCGAUGCCCUGGCAUUUUAACCGGUUUGGCAUGCCUUACAACCCAUCAUAUGUUCCCUUUAUAUUUUUAGAAGGAGGAACCAAACCAUCUCUGUUCCAACGUAUAGAAGUAUUCGUUUUCAACGUUUACUUCAAUACUUUAUACUAUUUUAUGCAAAGAACUGAUCAGAAUACUUUGGCUGAAUAUUUCGAUGAUGUGCCUCCACUGGAAGAUUUGGCAAGAGAUAUGAAAUUCUUACUUUUGUACAAGAACCCAAUCUUAUUUGGAUCGUCGUUGAUUCCGGAGACUGUCAAAGAGGUUAACGGUUAUCACGUCGCGACUCCAAAUCCGCUAUCAGGCGUAAGUACUCCAUCUACUUAUCCUAUCUGUUAG